AUGGCUUUUUUAAUAUAUAUUUUAAAGGAACUAAAAGCAACUACAGCUGAAAAGCAAACAGAUAAUGAAGCUACAAAUUCAGCUCUCAAGAGAGCACAAAAACAUAAACUAGACAAACAAGCUACAAGUUCCUCAGUUCCAAAUAAAAUACGAAAACCUAUUCAGCCAUCUCACGAAACAUUAUCUCGAAAUGAAACUGUUAAUCAAAGAUAUGAAGAAGAAGAUACUGCCUCUUUUAUAGGUCAUGAAAAUAAUGGCUCUCAAGUUUCUUUAUCAGAUAAUGAAAGCGACAAUGGCAAUUACGAAGAUGAUAUCUCACCACCAGCUCACGGAAAUGAUAUCACAUCACCAGCUCACGGAAAUGAUGUCUCAUCACCAGCUCAUGGAAAUGAUGUCUCAUCACCAGCUCACAGAAAUAUUUCUUCGUCAGUUUACGAAAAUGAUAUUUCUUCGCCAGUUCAUGAAAAUAAUAUUUCUUUGCCAAAUCAUGGAAAUGAUUAUUCAUUACCAAAACUACUAAUACAAUUCGAAAAGCUAGAUAAUGAAUUUCAAACUGCUUUGCGGAUAGUGCACCAUAAAAGGAUAUUAGAUUUGGCAACUAAUAUUAGAACCGGGAUGAUGACAAGAAUAGAUGAAGUGUUUGGUGCAACUUCAACACCUACCCUAUCACACGAACCUGUAUCAAAAUUUCCAGAAAUUGACCAACACGUUAAGUUCCAAUUACAGAAAGAGUGCAAGGCACUCUUCCUUAGAACUAGGAAUAACAGUUCGGUUUUAUAUGAAGAACUAGUUGUGCAAACUUGCAAAAUUGCAAAAACCGAUCAAAGGUUAGGAUCUUUAAUCAAGGAUGUUGGUAGAUGGUAUAAUACAUAUCGUUAUACGUUCCAUACAGCUGCAGUAAAAUUGGCAAAUGAAUUUAGAUCAGUAAAUGAAAGCGCAAAGGAACUAUAUGACAAGUUAAAUGAAUUUGUUUCUGACGAAGUAUGGAAACAGUUACUGCAAAUGCACCUGAAGGUUAUUAAAAGCAUUCUUAUUGCUCAAGACAAAAAUAAGGAUACACAAAAUGCCAUUCGAAAAUGCGAUGAAUACAAUAUAGAUCUGGAAAUACCAACCAGACUCAGAAUA